UAGAUACAGAGACCCUCACAUUAGUGACUCUUUCCAACCUAGUCUGGUUGGUCCGGUGCAAAGUAAAUCUGGGAGCAUGCAAAAAACAAAACAACCCAAACAUUCUUUAGUCUUCCGUUUCCGGUUGGCUUAUUGCCUUGGUAACUAGGACGCGCAACCUCCGUGGCGGUUAUGGCGGGGCUGGGCAGUACUCAGAUCCCCGACGGGGAGUUCACCGCCGUGGUGUACCGGCUAAUCCGGGAUAACCGCUACGCCGAAGCGGUGCAGCUGCUGGGCGGAGAGCUCCAGCGGAGCCCGAGGAGCCGCGCCGGCCUGUCGCUGCUGGGCUACUGCUACUACCGCCUGCAGGAGUUCGCGCUGGCGGCCGAGUGCUAUGAGCAGCUGAGCCAGCUGCACCCGCAACUGGAGCAGUACCGCCUGUACCAGGCCCAGGCCCUGUACAAGGCCUGCCUUUAUCCAGAGGCCACCCGGGUCUCCUUCCUCCUCUUGGACAACCCCACCUACCACAGCCGGGUCCUCCAUCUGCAAGCUGCUAUCAAGUACAGCGAGGGCGAUCUGCCUGGGGCCAGGAGCCUGGUGGAGCAGCUACUGAGUGGGGAAGGGGGAGAAGACAGUGGGGGCGAGAAUGAGCCGGAUGGCCAGGUCAACCUGGGAUGUUUGCUCUACAAGGAGGGACAGUAUGAAGCCGCGUGUUCCAAGUUCUUUGCAGCCCUGCAGGCCUCGGGCUACCGGCCUGACCUUUCCUACAACCUGGCUUUAGCCUAUUACAGCAACCGGCGCUAUGCCCCAGCGCUGAAGCAUAUCGCGGACAUUGUUGAACGUGGCAUCCGCCAGCACCCAGAGCUAGGUGUGGGCAUGACCACCGAAGGCAUUGAUGUUCGCAGCGUUGGCAACACUUUAGUCCUUCACCAGACUGCUCUGGUGGAAGCCUUCAACCUCAAGGCAGCCAUAGAAUACCAACUGAGAAACUAUGAGGCGGCCCAGGAAGCCCUCACUGACAUGCCACCUAGGGCAGAGGAGGAGUUAGACCCUGUGACCCUGCACAACCAGGCGUUAAUGAACAUGGAUGCCAGGCCUACAGAAGGGUUUGAAAAGCUACAAUUUUUGCUCCAACAGAACCCCUUCCCCCCAGAGACCUUUGGCAACCUGUUGUUGCUCUACUGUAAGUAUGAGUAUUUUGACCUGGCAGCAGAUGUCCUGGCAGAGAAUGCUCAUUUGACUUAUAAGUUCCUCACACCCUAUCUCUAUGACUUCUUGGAUGCCAUGAUCACUUGUCCGACAGCUCCUGAAGAGGCAUUCAUUAAGCUUGAUGGACUAGCAGGGAUGCUGACGGAGCAGCUCAGGAAACUCACUAUACAAAUGCAGGAAGCAAGACACAGUAGAGAUGAUGAAGCUGUCAAAAAGGCAGUGAAUGAAUAUGACGACAUCCUGGAGAAAUAUAUUCCUGUAUUGAUGGCCCAGGCGAAAAUCUACUGGAACCUUGAAAAUUACCCAAUGGUAGAAAAGAUCUUCCGCAAAUCUGUGGAAUUCUGUAAUGACCAUGAUGUGUGGAAGCUGAAUGUGGCUCAUGUUCUGUUCAUGCAGGAAAACAAAUACAAAGAAGCCAUCGGUUUUUAUGAGCCCAUAGUCAAGAAGCAUUAUGACAACAUCCUGAAUGUCAGUGCUAUUGUACUGGCUAACCUCUGUGUGUCAUAUAUUAUGACGAGUCAAAAUGAAGAAGCCGAGGAGUUGAUGAGGAAAAUUGAGAAGGAGGAAGAGCACCUCUCCUAUAAUGACCCAGAUAAGAAAAUCUACCAUCUCUGCAUUGUGAAUUUGGUGAUUGGGACACUUUACUGUGCCAAAGGAAAUUAUGACUUUGGCAUUUCUCGAGUUAUCAAAAGCUUAGAACCUUAUAAUAAAAAACUGGGAACUGACACCUGGUAUUAUGCCAAAAGAUGCUUCCUGUCCUUGUUAGAAAACAUGUCAAAACACACGAUCAUGCUUCGUGACAGUGUUAUUCAAGAAUGUAUCCAGUUUCUAGAACACUGUGAACUUCAUGGCAGGAAUGUACCUGCCAUUAUUGAACAACCCCUGGAAGAAGAAAGAAUGCAUACUGGAAAGAAUACAGUCACCUAUGAAUCCAGACAGUUAAAAGCUUUGAUUUAUGAGAUUGUAGGAUGGAAUAUGUAGUCAUGUGUUAUGUUGGCUUUUAUAAUGGCUUUAUAUAUGUAUUUUGUACUCUGUUUUAUCUGUAUUCGCAAUUGGCAGCUUUACUUUGUUAUAUGUUGAAAUUUGUACACUU